AUGUGGGCCACGCUGCUGCUACUGGUGGCUGUGGGCACUCUAGUGAUGGGGCUGGUGGCCUACAGGCUCCUGGCUCCUGCUGGCAACCCCUUUGCCCAGCCCCCUUCGGGUCCCCCCCGGCCACUGGUGAUGGACCCGCGCGCCCGCGACAAGGUGCUGAAGCAGGGCUUCAGCGCCCGCCGGGUGCCACGGGAACUGGAUGCUGUGGUCAUCGGCAGCGGCAUGGGGGGCCUGGCAGCAGCGGGCACACUGGCCAAAGCGGGCAAGCGGGUGCUGGUGCUGGAGCAGCAUGACCAGGCUGGCGGGUGCUGCCACACCUUCCAGGAGCAGGGCAAUGAGUUUGAUGUGGGCAUCCACUACGUGGGGCAGAUGCACGAGGGCAGCAUGCUGCGCGUGGCGCUGGACCAGCUGACGGAUGGGCAACUGUGCUGGCAGCGCCUGCCUGACCCCUAUGACGAGGUGAGCCUGGGCCCACACCGAUACCAUCUCCGUGCUGGCAAGGCUGCCUUUGCUGCUGCCCUGGAGGAGCAGUUCCCGGCUGAGAAGGCAGCCAUCAGGGAGUUCAUGAGGCUCUCCAAGAUGGCCUCACGGCACGUGGCGCUGCUGGCGCUGCUGAAGAUGGUGCCCCAGUGGGUGGCCGCCGUCCUUGUCCGCACCGGCCUCAUCUACUGGAUCUCACCCGUCUUCCGCAUGGCAGCCACCAGCCACAGCGAGGCCGUGGCCCGGCUGACGGGCGACCGUGACCUGCGCGCCCUGCUCAGCUACCUCUUCUACGGCACGGCCCCACGGGACUCCAGCUUCCUAGUGAACGUGAUGAUGGUGCAUCACUACCAGCGCGGGGCCUGGUACCCGCGGGGGGGGGCCAGCGAGAUCGCCUUCCACAUCGUGCCACUCAUCGAGCGCGCCGGGGGCACCGUGCUGGUGCGUGCCCUGGUCACUCGCAUCCUCACCUCCCCCGCUGGCGCUGCCGUGGGGGUGGUGGUGCAGAAGGGGCCCAGUGAGGAGGAGGUGGAGAUCUUUGCCCCCAUCGUCAUCUCCGACGCUGGCGUCUUCAACACCUUUGGCAAGCUGCUGCCCACCCCACUCCGCAGCCACCCAGGCAUCCGCUCCCGCCUGGCCAUGGUGAGGCACGGCAUGGGCUCCUUCCUGGUGUUUGCAGGGCUGCGGGGCAGCGCUGCUGAGCUGGCCCUGCCUGCCACCAACUUCUGGAUCUACCCCCACAACGACCUGGACACCAUGAUGACCCACUACUCUGCCCUGAGCCGUGAUGACGUCCCUGAAAACUUGGCCAUGAUGUUCAUCACCUUCCCUGCUGCCAAGGACCCCACCUAUGAGCAGCGGCACCCAGGCCGGUCGUGCAUGACCAUCCUGACCAUGGCACGGUAUGAGUGGUUUGAGGAGUGGGCUGGGACCCGUGCCAAGCACCGCGGCCCCGACUACCAGCAGUACAAGAUGGCCAUCGCCCAGCGCCUGCUGGAGCGGGCUCUGCAGCGCUUCCCACACCUCCGCGACAAGGUAGAGUUCGUGGAGGCAGCGUCGCCGCUCACCAACCAGCACUAUCUGGCGGCUCCCCGCGGGGAGAUGUACGGCACCGAGCACGACGUUGCCCGCUUCAGCCCGGCUGUGGUGGCUGCCAUGAGAGCUGAGACGCCUGUGAAGAACCUCUACCUGACAGUGUCCCCCUCGGGGGUGGCCGUGUCCCACCAUGCUCAUCCCCAGGGCAGGACGUGUUCAGCUGUGGGCUGGCAGGAGCCCUGCACGGGGGGCUGCUCUGCGCCUCUGCCGUCCUGGGUCGUCUGCUUUACCUGGACCUGCUGCUCCUCAAGAAGAAGAUCAAGCGGCGCCUGGGCCGCAAAGGGCAGCAUUGUCACCGGACUGUCCUUGGAGGGCCACCCCUAG